CACCCCCACCCGCUCCCUCACCCCAGGGUGGGGACCGAUUGACGGCUCCCAGGCUCGCCGGGGGCAGGGGCGCUGGAGAGCCCCGAGUGGACCAUGGCGGUGAGAUUCCAGGUGUUGGACAUGGAGGAGCUGACCAUCUGGGAACAGCACACGGCUACCGUCUGCAAGGACCCCCGCCGGGGCUUCGGCAUUGCGAUCUCUGGCGGUCAUGACCGGCCUGGUGGACCCGUGUUUGUGUCCGAUGUGGUGCCCGGAGGGCCGGCGGAGGGCAGGCUGCAGACAGGGGACCAGAUUGUCAUGGUGAACGGGGUGUCCAUGGAGAAUGUCAACUCCACCUUUGCCAUUCACAUACUCAAGACCUGCACCAAGCUGGCCAACAUUACCGUGAAGCGUCCCCGGAAAAUCCAGCUGCCCAGCACCAAGGCCAGCCCCUGUGGCCCAGGACACCAGGAUUCAGAUGAAGACGGGCCCUGGCGGCUUGAGGACACUAACCAUGGCCGGGGCUACGAGGGUGACACAUCCAGUGGCUCUGGCCGCUCCUUGGGAGAGCGCUCCCACCGGCCCAGGGCAGGCCGCCGGAGCCGGGCCGGCAACCAUGGGAGCAGGAGCCCGGGUGGGGGCUCCGAGGUCAGAGGGCUGGCCCUGAUGUCCGGCUUCAAGAGGCUGCCACGGCAGGACGUGCAGAUGAGGCCACUGAAGUCAGUGCUGGUGCGGAGGAGGGAGAGUGAAGAGUUUGGGGUCAAACUGGGAAGUCAGAUCUUCAUCAAGCACAUCACGGAUUCGGGCCUGGCUGCCCAGAACCGGGGGCUGCAGGAAGGAGACCUUGUCCUACAGAUCAACGGGGUGUCCAGCGAGAAUCUGUCGCUGAGUGACACACGGCAACUGAUCGAGAAAUCGGAAGGGAAGCUGACUCUGCUGGUGCUCAGGGACCGAGAGCAGUUUUUGGUGAACAUCCCGCCAGCUGUCAGUGACAGUGACAGCUCCCUCCUGGAGGACAUCUCAGACCUCUGCUCGGAACUGUCUCAGGCGCCACCAUCCUAUGUCCCACCACCCCCCCAGCACAGGCAGCGGAGUCCUGACACCGACCGGACCAACUCCCCCGUGGAGAGCUCCCAGCUUCGGCGGAGAAGUUCUGUGGAUUCCAGAACCACCUUGGAACCAGACACCCCCAGGCAAAGCAGCUAUGACAUCUACAGGGUGCCCAGCCGCCAGAGCAUGGAGGACCGCGGGUACAGCCCCGACUCGCGGGUGGUCCGCUUCUACAAGGGCACCAGCAUCGGGAUGAAGCUGGCUGGAGGCAACGAUGUGGGCAUCUUCGUGUCGGGGGUGCAGGAGGGCAGCCCGGCUGAGGAGCAGGGCAUCCAGGAAGGAGAUCAGAUUCUGCAGGUGAAUGACGUGCCCUUCCGGAACCUGACUCGGGAGGAGGCUGUGCAGGUCCUGCUGGGGCUGCCACUGGGCGAGGAGGUGGAGCUGGUGACGCAGCGGAAGCAGGACAUCUUCCGGAAGAUGGUGCAGUCCCGUGUGGGCGACUCCUUCUACAUCCGCACACACUUUGAGCUGGAGCCCAGCCCACCCUACGGCCUGGGCUUUACCCGCGGCGACGUCUUCCACGUGCUGGACACGCUGUAUCCGGGCCCGGGGCAGGGCCACACCCGCGGGGGCCAGUGGCUGGCGGUGCGCAUGGGUCGUGACCUCCGGGAGCAGGAGCGCGGCAUCAUUCCCAACCAGAAGAGGGCAGAGCAGCUGGCCAGUCUGGAGGCCGCCCAGCGGGCCCUGGGGCCUGGGCCUGGGGCCUCGGCGGGCUCUGGCGGACGGGCUGAGUUCUGGCGACUACGGGGUUUUCGUCGGGGAGCCAAGAAGACCAGCCAUCGGAGCCGCGAGGACCUGUCGGAUCUGACCAGGCAGGGUCACUACCCACCGUAUGAACGUGUGGUGCUUCGAGAAGCCAAUUUCAAGCGCCCAGUGGUGAUCCUGGGACCCGUGGCAGACAUUGCGAUGCAGAAGUUGACUGCUGAGAUGCCUGACCAGUUUGAAAUCGCAGUUCUCUCUCCGCUCUCAUCCUCUCCCACUGCCCCCACCAUGGGCCCUGCGCAGGACAAGCACGCGCUCCUAGACGUGACACCCUCGGCCGUGGAGCGCCUCAACUACGUGCAGUACUACCCCAUCGUGGUCUUCUGCGCCCCCGAGAGCCGCUCGGCCCUCAAGGCUCUGCGCCAGUGGUUGGCGCCGGCCUCCCGCCGCAGCACCCGCCGCCUCUACGCUCAAGCCCAGAAGCUGUGGAAGCACAGCGACCACCUCUUCACAGCCACCAUUCACCUGCAAGGCACAAGCGACGGCUGGUACCAGGAGCUCAAGGCCAUUAUCCGGGAGCAGCAGAUGCGGCCCAUCUGGACAGCCGAGGACCAGCUGGACAGCUCCCUGGAGGACAACCUGGACCUCCCUCACCGCGGCCUGAAUGACAGCUCCGCGGAUCUGAGCUGUGACAGCCGGGUCAACAGCGACUACGAGACAGAUGGCGAGGGCUACACGGACGGCGAGGGCUACACGGACGGUGAGGGUGGGCCCCACACAGACGUGGACGAGGGGCCCCCAGCACCAGCCCUGGGCCGGUCCUCGGAGCCUGUGCUCGUGGAAAAACCUGAGAGCCUGCGGGAUCAUGGGAGAUCCUCAGGCCACCAAGGGGCCCAGGUGGACAGCUGCCACCCACAGGGUCAGUGGCGACAGGAAAGCAUUCGGACAUAUGCGCGCGAAGCUGUGAGGAAAAAGUUUACACAAGCCCGACACGUGGAGUCCUCCGACGAAGAUGGCUACGACUGGGGCCCAGCCACUGACAUAUGAGCCCCUCCCAGGUGGCAGCGGGCCACCAUCCCUCUUCCUCCCAGCUCGGACUCAGUUUCCCAUACAGAACCGCAAACCCUGCUCCUUCCACCUGGUCUUUAAUAAAUAUUUUCACAGCACUGGCUUCUAGUGGCUUCCAGGAAGGACACGGAGCCAGAGUUAA